AUGACAUCUGGAAGUUGUCUCUGUCGGGCUGCCAAGGUCACCAUCAAGGGCGAUCCGUUGGCCGCUGCUAUGUGUCACUGUCUCGACUGUCGCAAGACCUCUGGCAGUGCCUUUGCCAUCAACUGGGUUGUUCCAGGCAGUCAGUUGUCGGUCACUGAUGGGGCAAGUCUCAAGGAGUUCACCGCUCCCGCACUCAGUGGCAACCCGGUCACCAAUCACUUCUGUGGCUCCUGCGGCACGACGCUAUGGCGAGACGGUCCAAAGACUCAGGGGCUUUGCUAUGUCAAGGCCGGCGUCUUGGACGAUUCCGAUGCUGUGAACAUGAAAAAGCCGUCGGCUGAGAUCUUUACGACGAGGAGGAUCGAGUGGAUGAAGCCGAUGGAGGGUGCCCUUCAGAAGAAAGAGCUGAUGGAAUGA